GGCCCCACCCUUAUCCUCAGAGUGCAGCAGCAGCGGCAGGAGGAGCAGCAUGAUGAUGAUGAUGCGAGUAGCCCUGCUAAUUUUGUCUCUCUCGGCAGUCUGCAAUGGCAUCCUUCCCGAGAUAGUGAACUCGGGGAUCAAUCAUAUCCUGGACAAUAAUUACGCCUUUGAACAAAACGAGCCGGACAGCACGUUUGUGGAAGUGGAGCAGCUGCCAGAGGAUCCGCAGCAAAAGCCUGAGGAUGCUUUCCACCAAGUAGGCAGCCAGUUGCACCUCUCAGUCAGCAUCUGGUUUUCCACAUGACAAGGCAUUAUUUCUCUGCUCACUGCUGAACCAGCUUUAGGUUUAAGUUUGAUGCCUGUUUUUAUGAGAGUUUUGAAAACACUUCAGUUGUUUUGGACAGAAGCAGAGGCAGCAGUUAGAAGCUUAAAUCUGAUGGUAAUACUUGGAUGCUUCAUCUUUUUACAUAAUUUCUUGUCUUUCCAGAAAAAUGAAAGUGACAGCCCUCAUACCAAUGACCUUCCCUCAAGUCCUAACAAUGAAACAGCCUCUGACAAAGUGACUGACAGUGAACCAGUCCACACCUCAGUAGACCAGGUAAGCUGCCUUUCUGAAAGGACACACUGUUUGUUUUGCUCUGUGAUUGGAGACUUCACAAAUAUGAUAUCUUUAUGAUACAGGAAACAAACAACAUAACAAUAGCCGAAGAGUCCAGUGAGCUGGGGAACAUUGUUGGUCAUGUAAGUUUGUUCUGCUUAUAUACAGCCCUUAAAGUCCAGUAAAAACAUCUUUAGACUGUACUCAUGCACUUUUUAUCUGGCUCUGACGCGAUGAAAAUAUGCACUCGGAGCUGCAAAACACUAGUGUUUCUUUGAAUACUUUGUAAUCUGGACAGGAACCUGAGUUAUUUAUGCAGAUUGGAUGUUCAAAACUUUAUAUGACGCAUGCUCUCACAGUUAAUUAAAAUAUAAUCUCUUUGCAUAAUGUCUCCUUUUUGCCUCUAGGGUUGCAUCACUGAUGAAGACUGUGGGAAGGGCAGCUAUUGCCUUCCCGACACAAAAAACUCCAAGUGUCUGCCUUGCAAAGCAAUUGAUGUGGUAAAUGAACCUAAGUUACCUCACACAGCUGAAGCACUGUUUAGUUUUCCCCAAGAUGUGCGAAUUCUGAGGUCUGUUGCACUCACAUCUAGGCCGCUAGGGUUUCACUCUUGACUGCAUUGCAGUGUGUCCACAAGUGUAACCAGAGUGUGUUGAGCUUCACAUAAGAGGUCACAACAUGUCAAGGUUAAAAAAAAAAGAGAUCAGCUUCUUCUUUUUGCCCUUUUCAAUGACUUCCAGAUCAAAAAGAAAACCAGUGAUGAUGGUCUUUUCCAGAGAGCGCCUUUGGUUUUAUUUAAGACUCUGCUGAUACUGCUGAUUCUCUAGAGCCUUGUUAGAUGAGUGGGUCUUAGUCCAAGUAACAAGAAAUACAAAGAGAGAGAGAUACUGGCAGUCAGCCAAACAAGGGUACACUGUACAAGGAUGAUAAAUAUUUAGAGGACAGAUCCCAAGUGCUGCACUGAAAAACUAACCAGAAUUUUUUUAUAUUGAAAAAUUUAUCAUUCGUUGAGCUAAUUCAUAGGGAAAAGAACGUACCUGACAGUAUAAGCUGGCUCAUUCAUAUAUGACCAAAACAAAACACCAGUAGACUUCAUGCUUAUUAAACCUUUUUUUCUUCCUUUUUUAGCCCUGCACUAAAGAUGAGGAGUGCUGUGCUAAGCAGCUGUGUGUCUGGGGUCAGUGCAGUCAAAAUGCAACCAAAGGAGAAGCUGGCUGCACCUGUAAAUACCAGACUGACUGCAGCCCGGACCUCUGCUGUGCUUUCCACAAAGGUACACAAAUAGCCUACUACACAAGGCAUGAUAAAUGCUGCCCAGUCACCUUCUACUUUCUCAGAGAAAAUGUGUUUUUUUUUUUCCAGCUCUGCUCUUCCCUGUCUGCUCUGCCAAGCCCAUUGAGCGGGAACACUGUUUUGGUGCCUCUAACCACCUGAUGGCGCUGUUGUCUUGGGAUAUUCAGGAUGAGGGGCCCAGGAAACACUGCCCAUGUGCAGGAGAUCUCCACUGCCAGCACUUAGGGUGAGCAGCACACUGCGUUUCAAGCACAUGUAUAUUAGAAGCUUCGUUGGAGAAUUUUGUUCUCAGUCUUGAAUACUGAAGCUUUUCUGCGUGUUGUUGACAGACGAGGGUCCAUGUGUCUCAAAGGGGAGGACUCCAGUGAAGAGGACCUGACAGACACUCUAUAUUCAGAGAUAGAUUAUAUCAUUUAGGCAUUAAUUAUCACCUUGUCACCAAAAUAUCUGGAGUCUCCUGUGACUCCAGAGCUUUGCUGCAAAGAGUUGAAGCACCAAAGCAGUAAAGAUAUACAGCAUGGAAAACAGAUCAAUGUAUUUACUCCACUUGCUUCAACUGGAAUCAAGAUUUACCGCAAGAAAAGGUCUUUGAACAUGUAGAUGUUAAAGUUAUGAUUGAGAAAAUCUAAUACCAAAUGCUUGGAUCUUAAAUGUAUGCUGCAUCUCCAUGUUAUCAAUUAGAUCCUUAUUUAACGUUUAUCAGGACCAUCUAAACCAUUUUAAUGGUCUGAUUGGGCAACAUGAGUGAAACCAGCUCAUUCAUAAAUGUGAUGUUUUGAUCUUCAAAUAGGGCUGGGCAACAUGGGAAAAAGUUUAUCAUGGUUUUUUUUUUUUUAUCAUAUCAGUCCAAAUCGGUAUAUGUCAUGAAAUGAAAAAUGAAAUUUAACAGUGCUUAUUGGUAGCAUUCUGUGAGGUCUUUGUGUCGCUUCGAUGUUUUGUUGUAAGGCGUUGCGCUAGAGGAAGCAGACUGAAUGGUCGGCUGUUUCGGCUGCACAGGCGCCAUGGGCUCUUUGCUCCGCUCAAGGUUUGUAACCUUUUGCAUUGCGAGCGUUCUGCCCCAUGGUUCUGCUUAAGGCAAAAUUUAAGGUAUUCCCUGACUUUGCAAGAACACGAACAUGUUCGAUAUAUAUCAUUAUCAUUUUAUCGCCCAGCCCUAUCUUCAAGUAUAAUUGUUAUGUCAUAACUAAACAACUUUUGCAGUCCUACAAUGAUCAAAUGUGUUUGGUAUUACCUAGCCUGGAUUGGCCAUCCUGUUGCAUGAAUCACUUGAUGUUCCUUCCCACCACAGUCUGGACUUCGGCCCAUAGAGAGCGUGUAUUCCCGAUCAGAAAAUAACCGGGCCAAUUAGAGACCGUGUUUCCACUGUUACCCGGACAACAGGGAAAGGCAGCCCCUGAUUGGUCCAUGUGUAGAUGGUGACGUCUAACACAUGCUGCGGGUUUCAAAGCCCCGUUCAUUCAGAAUGCCGUUAAUUCUGCAGUUGACUCUGCAAAGUCGGCAGAAAUCGUUUAUAUCUGACAUCUUCUGCGGAUAUAAACGAUUUCUGCUGACUUUGCAGAGUCAACUGCUGAAUUAACGGCAUUCUAAUGAACAGCGCUUUGAAAAGUCCCGCAGCAUGUGUUAGACGUCACCACUACACACGUACCAAUCAGGGGCUGCCUUUCCCUGUUGUCCGGGUAACAGUGGAAACACGGUCUCUGAUUGGCCCGGUUAUUUUCUGAUCGGGAAUACACGCUCUCUAUGGGCCAAAGUCCAGACUGUGGUGGGAAUGAAUAUCAAGUGAUUCACGCAACAGGAUGGCCCAGCCAGGCUAGGUUUUACCUUGAUUCAUACAUUUACUGACCAGCUCUUGCCUCAUCACUAGAUUGCUCUUGGAACCAUGUAAUUAUUUUUACUAACAUAGACAUGUUUGAAGUAUUUCUGUUUUCCUCCUCUCCAGCUAUUGUUGACCACUUUGGUAACACCUCAUAUUCCUGUUAUGUUUGCUUCUUUAUGUACUGCAGUAUCACUUUAAAGUGCAGUAAUGAUAAAAGCAAUACCUUCACUAUGUAAAUAAAGCAGUACAACUUUGCUGGAUGAUCAAUAAUACAACCAUGGCACUGUUAUCAUGCACUUAAACAACAUAUGUAGCUCAUACAUAUUUGCUUUUAGAAAAUAAAGGUUUUUUAAAACACUAAACCCCUAA